AAUAUCUUCACUUCCCCUAAUCUUUUUCAUCACAUCUUUUCUAGUUUGAAACACAAACAAAAGAAAAAUACAAAAACGAUGAAGUCCCAGCUGAGCUGCCUUAUAAUCUUAGCCUUUGCAUUUCUUUUAGGAUCUACCUCAGCGGAGCAAUGCGGGCGGCAGGCCAAUGGAGCUCUAUGCCCCAACAACCUCUGCUGUAGCCAAUACGGUUGGUGCGGCGACACUGACGCCUAUUGUAAAGACGGUUGCCAAAGCCAAUGCCGGGGCUCGACUAGUCCUACACCACCCUCUACACCCUCCGGUAGUGGUGUAGGAAGUAUCAUUACCGAAAGCCUAUACAAACAAAUGCUCAAAUAUAGUACGGAUUCUAGAUGUCCGAGUAAUGGAUUCUAUACCUACAAUGCUUUCAUUACUGCUGCUCAAUCCUUUCCUGGCUUUGGUACCACGGGAGACGACGCUACUCGUAAGAGAGAGCUUGCAGCUUUUUUCGGUCAAACUUCUCAUGAGACUACUGGAGGAUGGGCUUCUGCACCGGAUGGUCCAUAUGCAUGGGGAUAUUGUUUCAUAAGGGAGAUAAAUCAAGAUGUGUAUUGCACACCUAGCAGCCAAUGGCCAUGUGUUUCUGGUCAGAAAUAUUAUGGUCGUGGACCAAUCCAACUAACUCACAACUACAACUACGGGCCAGCAGGAAAUGCACUAAGUUUGAAUUUGCUAAGCAACCCUGAUUUGGUAGCCACAAAUGCUAUUAUAUCAUUCAAAGCAGCCAUUUGGUUUUGGAUGACACCGCAAGGAAACAAACCAUCAUGUCACAAUGUUAUUACCGGCAAUUGGCAACCUUCUAGCGCUGACAGUGCCGCCGGAAGAGUCCCUGGCUAUGGUGUCCUCACCAACAUCAUCAAUGGUGGACUCGAAUGUGGGCAUGGCCCCGACUCUAGAGUUGAAGAUCGAAUUGGAUUUUACAAACGAUACUGCGACAUAUUGGGUAUUGGUUAUGGCAGUAACUUGGAUUGCUACAAUCAACAGUCUUUCUAAAUUAAAACAUUGAUUCACCCUUAUAAAUUAUAAUUAAUACUAUGCAAUACAAUAAAGGGUCUUUUUUAUUGUUAUAAUUGUAAAAGAUCACUAGUAUGAGUGAGUUAUUAGACAUUGUAUUAUCUUUCAAUAAAGAGGAGAAUUAUGCAUUCACUUUUCCAUUGAAACAAA